AUCAGAAGUAGAAACGAUCGAAUUGAAUCUCGAUAAAAGGUCUGUCGUGGCUUUAAAUGCCUCAGUGUGGAGACUGAACGUUGACUGACGGGUCGGUUAGGGGUUGUUUGGGACCGGGACGCCCGAUAGGACAUGUGUGGUUGGUACACGGACCGGUAAGGACACACGCUCGCCUGGACCAGGACUCACUACGUAUACCUAUUUAAAACAUGCAUUUCAGCGUGGCGAGUUAGUCUGUACACACUGACACACACCUGUAGUACAGGUAAAAUAAUGACAGCUUGACAUACUGGUGAUCAUACAUAUAUAGGAAAUAUAUACAGGAUACAUAGGACACAGGAUCCUACACAAAGGUGCGAUGCCUACCUUGGACAUGGAGCAAUGCGCAGGUUGCCAGCACCCCAUUGAGGACAGGUUUUUACUGAAAGUCCAGGACCAUUUCUGGCACGAGACGUGUCUGCUCUGUGCCAUAUGUCGACAUCCUCUGUCUGGAUCGUGCUUCGUCAAGGACCAACAACUCUACUGCAAACAUGACUAUGACAAACUGUUCCGGGGGAGAUGUAAUGGGUGUGGCUACAAUAUAUCCUCGGAGGAACUAGUAAUGAAGGCUCUGGGGAGUGUGUAUCAUCUUCACUGCUUCCGCUGUAUAGAGUGUCGACAGAUCCUACAAAGGGGAGACCAAUUCGUCAUCAAAGAUGGUCAACUUUUCUGUCGCUUUGACUUCGACAAAGAAUUCAGUGUUCUCUCCUACAGUCCGAAAGAUGCGAUGGACGAUGAUAGCGACAGUUAUGAAGACAUGGAUACCGACAAUGAGAGACACACCAAACGGCCAAGGACGAUACUAACAACGAGUCAACGCCGCAAGUUCAAGGCCGCGUUUGAGAUUAACCCUAAACCAUGUAGAAAGAUACGAGAACAGCUGGCUGCUGAGGCUGGACUUACUGUGAGAGUUGUACAGGUGUGGUUCCAGAACCAACGAGCCAAGGUGAAGAAAAUGUCAAGGCGACAGAGCCCAGACUCAUGCGGUAAAGACCGGAAGCGGAAGGGGAAAAACUCUGAUAUAGAUCCAGACCGAUUUCCGGUCCAAGAUGGUGAUGAAAGUAGGAAAAUGUUUUCCUCGGAGAUGGAAGGGACUGUGUUUCCCGGUGUAGACGGACCCUAAUAUAUUCAUGGAUAUGCCGACAUCAUCGGAUGAUUCAGCUGGUUCACCGGAACAAAAAUCACAGGAAGGAGCGCAAGAUGGAAUGAAGAACGGAUGUGUAACCAAUCAUAUAAACAAACUGUAUUCAAUGCAGACAUCGUACUUCUGUGCGGAGUGAUAAUGAUACAAUAUGAAGUUUACUUAUGGUCCGUCUCUGAGGUGUUGUUUUGUUAUUGGAAUGGGACUGUUGUACAGCCUGUACCUACAUCAGCUAGCUAAAGGUCUCUGGCUAUGUUUUGGUUCUGACGCCGACCGUGAUAUAUUUUUGUACUCCGAGGAGCGAAUCUACAACACGACAGGUUAAGUGUGAAACAAAUAGAGUCAAGUAUACGACAUUCCUUGUCGGAUGUACACGUAUCAACGGUCAACAGGAGAAACGGAACACUUGUAAAUCAUUCUUAUUCCGCCCAAACUGGAGACAAGAAUCUAAAAGCCUUCAAAAAAUUUACUAUGAAAUAGUGUGAAGACUGCUUUACCCGAUGACGCCAUGGCAGGUCUGUCGACAACCUGUCAGAAAGUGACGUGUCUAUGGACAACUAGCUGGUACUCAUUGGAAAGGUUCACGUGUACUUUCUACAGAUAUGUGUGGCGGUGUCCUUCUCAUGUGGCAGUGCGCAUGCUCGUCGAUGUGAUAAACACACGGAAUAACAUAGCAGCAAUAUAUAUUAUGCCGUAUCAUAUUUACAUGUAUUUUCUGUAUAUGUUUCAAUAACUUCACAUUUUUAUUACAUGACAUUUUUGGAUUUGGAAAUUUGACAAUUUUGUGCACAGACACAGUGCUGUGAUAUAGUCGAUCCAGAUUAUUGCGCAAUGCUUUGUGUCUAGUAAGUGGUGACUAGUAUAUAACAGGUGAAAAUUAAGCACCGCCCAACACCGAUCGCUCAUUAAAAGUUUAAACUUAUCAAUUGCUUUUCAGAUAUUUCCUUGGGCAAAAAUGAAUGAUGCAGACCCAACCAAAACAAAAAUAAUAUGAAUGAUAGCAAUAAUUCAAUAUUGGCAUGUAAGCAAAUGACAUAAACGGAUAAAUAGCAAUACUUAUUGUUUUAUUUUGAUAACUUUAUUCACAGCACGUACCUGAACAUGUAGCACUCUAUUCAUUGUCGUAGAAUUAUUUUUACUUCCUGGGUGGUUCACAGAACCUCUUCAUCGAUUUUUGAAUUUUAUUUAUUUAUAUCUUACAAAGAAGAUCACAUCAUCAUUAUGGAUCACAUGUUUUACACGUGUCAUCACGUGUGUCCAAUCAUCAGAAUACCAUUGCAAGUACAUUUCAGUACAAUAUUUGACAGUAUAUACUAUUAUACUGAUGUCCGUGCCUCGUCCAGUACUGAGAAAUCUGUUUGCUUUUCAUCUCCCAGAUUCGUUUGACUUAGGAUUAGUUUGGAAUCGAUAAAUGAUCAUACAUGAAGAUUAAUUUUAAGUUUUAUAACGCGUUAACAAACGUUAUUGUUUAGAAAUACUGUAUAGUACUCCUGUAUAAAAGUAAUUAUUUAUUUAUUUUCUAUGGAACUGUGUGCGACAGCACUAUGUUCAUGUGGCUACUGAAAUCAAAUACCUUUACUCGAAAAUCGGUCUCGUUUUCAUUCAUAAUUACAUCUUAUUUAUAUUUUGAUUUUAAAGAUGACUCGUUACCACUCUUGUCUACAUUUUCUUCAGUUUAAUAAAAAAAGAUUCUAAAUAAAUUUUAUUAAGGUAUUUAACAAUGUUUAAAUUUCACAUUGAAAAUUAAAAGCUGUUUUUGUACAAACAAGUUCCGUGUUCUGUAAAACUUAAAAUAUACAUAACAAUGAACUGCUUGAAUAAUUUAAAAUCAACUUUCAUUGUUCUAUUAUCCAAUAGCCCCCAUCAUGGUUUCGUGUCUCCACAUGGUCGGGACAUGUCUAAAUUAUGUCUAAAUAGGCUUAGAGGAAUAUCGUUGAUCUUAUUAAAAAUCAAAAAACAUUUUUUGUUCGUCAUUUGUAAUGAUAGACUUUCUAUUAUCCAUUCCGUGGCGACUACAUUAAACCGUGACAUUUACAUGUAUUGAGCCAAGCUUAUUGUCUGAACAUGUCUAUCGAAUAUUCUCGCCAAUCGUUAAAAAUUGUCGAUAAAAUUGUCGAUAUUUUUUUUAUUCAUGAUUUUUAUGUCGCGUUUUGUCCCCGGAUGUAUGUGGUCCAUAUAUCGCUCGCACGUGUAAAACACGCAUGUACAUACUAUUACAUCGUAUUUAUUUAUAAUACAUUACAUCGCAAUAAACUUAUCUCAUGUUUCA